ACUUCCGGCGGAACCUUUGCGCCACCUUUGAGGGCGAGGAGGAGGCGGGGCCGGGGCGUUUCGGAAACGGACAGACGCGGGGCCCGGACCGGAAGCGGCGGAGGGCGGCAGGCGGAGGAGGAGGAUGUGGCGGGCGGCGUCGGUGGCGCUGGGCCCCUGCCUCAUCUGCCGAAGCCUGACGAAUGGGGCCCAGAGAGCAAGAGGGAAGCCAGCGCCACUGCUGCUGCUGCGGCAGAAGCUGCACCUCGUCUCCCAGAGCGUCCAUCUUUCCCGCCAUCCUGUUUCCAAAGCCCAGAGGCCUCCGCUACGGACCUUGACACAGCCCUUCUCCGCCCUCCGCCGCCGCCUUCCCUCGCACGGCCCCCACCUCCUUAUAAAGAAUGGGUCCCAGCCGCGCAGGAACUUUUGGCUGGCCAGAGUGGCCUCCCGGCUCCUGAGGCUCCGGUACAUCGUCUUGGGGUCUGCGGUGGGCGGCGGAUACACGGCCAAAAAGACGUAUGACCAGUGGAAGGACAUGCUGCCUGACCUUGGCGAGUACAAGUGGAUUGUACCUGACUUCAUCUGGGAGCUGGAUGAAUAUGUAGACUUUGAAAAACUCAAAAACGCUCUUCCGGAUUCAGAAGACCUUGCUAAGCUGAUGCCUGACUUUGACAAGAUUGGAGAGAGCAUCAGUUCGCUGACAGGGCUUUUCACGCCAGGUUACAAUUUGGUUAGUGAAGUCAUAGGAGCUUCUGAUCUACUUCUGUUGUUGGGUUCUUCUGGGGAUACAGCUUUCAGGGCGACGGACCAAGGAAGCGAUCAUGAAAAACAGUACAAGAAGGGUCUCCUGGGCGAACUCAUUCUCUUGCAGCAGCAAAUCCAGCAGCACGAAGAGGAGACGCGGAGUGCCGCCGCCGACCAGUUUGGCCCAGGCUCCUCCCAACAGAAGCGAAAGGUUUCCGACAAAGAAAAGGUUGACCAGCUGCAAGAAGAACUGCUGCGCACUCAGUUGAAGUACCAGCGGAUGCUCGAGCGUUUAGAGAAGGAGAAUAAGGAGCUGAGGAAGAUUGUUUUGCAGAAAGACGACAAGGGCAUUCACCAGAGAAAGCUGAAGAAGUCCCUGAUCGACAUGUAUUCAGAAGUCCUGGACACUUUGUCGGAUUACGACGCCAGCUAUAACACCCACGAUCACUUGCCUCGGGUUGUGGUGGUUGGAGACCAGAGUGCCGGCAAAACCAGCGUCCUUGAAAUGAUCGCGCAAGCCCGGAUCUUUCCGCGCGGCUCUGGAGAAAUGAUGACCCGUUCCCCUGUGAAGGUCACCCUGAGCGAAGGCCCGCACCACGUGGCUAUGUUCAAGGACAGUUCCCGGGAGUUUGACCUGACCAAGGAGGAAGACCUGGCAGCCUUGAGGAAUGAAAUUGAGAUCCGGAUGAGGAAGAGUGUGAGCGAAGGCUGCACAGUCAGCUCAGAGACCAUCUCCCUGAGUGUGAAAGGGCCAGGCCUGCAGAGGAUGGUGCUGGUCGACCUGCCCGGUGUCAUCAGCACGGUGACUUCGGGAAUGGCUCCCGACACAAAGGAAACCAUCUUCAGCAUCAGCAAAGCCUACAUGCAGAACCCAAACGCCAUCAUUCUUUGCAUCCAAGAUGGGUCUGUGGACGCAGAGCGCAGCAUCGUCACGGACUUAGUCAGCCAGAUGGACCCUCAGGGCAAGAGGACCAUCUUUGUCUUGACCAAAGUGGACCUUGCUGAGAAGAACGUGGCCAGUCCCAGCCGGAUCCAGCAGAUAAUUGAAGGCAAACUCUUCCCGAUGAAAGCUCUUGGAUAUUUUGCAGUCGUUACUGGAAAAGGAAGUAACGCUGAGAGUAUUGAAUCUAUUAGAGAAUAUGAAGAAGAAUUUUUCCAAAACUCCAAACUUCUGAAGAACUGCAUGCUGAAGGCCCACCAAGUGACCACGCGCAACCUGAGCCUCGCCGUCUCGGACUGCUUUUGGAAGAUGGUCCGAGAGUCUGUCGAGCAGCAGGCCGACGCUUUCAAAGCGACCCGUUUCAAUCUAGAGACAGAAUGGAAGAACAACUAUCCCCGCUUGCGGGAGCUGGACCGGAAUGAAUUGUUCGAAAAAGCCAAGAACGAAAUCCUUGACGAAGUCAUAAGCUUGAGCCAGGUGACGCCAAAGCACUGGGAGGAGAUGCUGCAGAAGUCCUUGUGGGAGAGGGUUUCGACGCAUGUGAUAGAAAACAUCUACCUUCCCGCAGCGCAGACCAUGAACUCGGGGACCUUCAACACCACAGUGGACAUCAAGCUCAAGCAGUGGACAGACAAGCAGCUCCCAAACAAAGCUGUGGAGGUCGCCUGGGAGACCCUUCAGGAGGAGUUUGCCCGCUUCAUGACUGAAGAAAAGGGCAAAGAGCACGACGACAUCUUUGACAAACUGAAGCAAGCGGUCAAGGAGGAGAGCAUCAAGCGGCACAGAUGGAAUGAGGGGGCAGAAGACAGCCUGAGGGUGAUCCAGCACAAUGCCUUGGAGGACCGCUCCAUCUCAGACAAGCAGCAGUGGGACGCGGCCAUCCAGUUCAUGGAGGAGACGCUGCAGAGUCGCCUGAAGGACACUGAAUCGGUCAUUGAGGACAUGGUGGGCCCAGACUGGAAGAAAAGGUGGCUCUACUGGGUGAGGCGCACCAAAGAGCAGACCAUCCGCAACGAGACCAAGAAUGAGCUUGAGAAGAUGAUGAAGUGCAACGAGGAGCACCCGGCCUACCUGGCCAGCGACGAGGUCACCACCGUCCGGAAGAACCUGGAGGCCAGAGGAGUGGCAGUCGACCCGUGCCUGAUUAAAGACACCUGGCACCAGGUUUACAGGCGGCAUUUCUUGAAGGUGGCCCUGGGCCACUGCAACCUCUGCCGGCGGGGCUUUUAUUACUACCAGAGGCAUUUCGUGGACGCUGAGCUGGAAUGCAACGAUGUGGUCCUCUUCUGGCGUAUUCAGCGCAUGCUGUCCAUCACGGCCAACACACUGAGGCAGCAGCUGACCAACACGGAAGUGCGGCGCCUAGAAAAGAAUGUGAAAGAAGUGCUGGAAGAUUUUGCGGAGGACUGUGAGAAGAAAAUGAAGUUACUAACGGGAAAAAGAGUUCAACUGGCUGAGGACCUCAAAAAAGUUCGGGAGAUCCAAGAGAAACUUGAAGCCUUCAUUGAAGCUCUCCAUCAAGAAGAGAAGUAGAUGGUUCACAAAGCAGAACCCUUGUAGUGAGGACUAAGCCCCAGUCCGGAUCGCGCAUGGCCCCAAACUGCGCAAGUGGAAUCAUCCCCAUCCUCUUCCUCCCUCCCCUGUCACCUUACUGAAGGGUCUUUGUCACAAACCCAGUGCCACCAUUCUUCACAGGACUGGGAUGUCUGGAAUCUGUAUCUCAUCGGUUGAGCGACGAGAGAGAAGCAGUCAUGGCGCCAAACCUCUGGACGUCCUUCCUGUGAAGGGAUGAUGCGCUGGAGAGGCGUUCAGAUUCGCCAUCAUUCAUGUUCCUUUCUUUUCUCCCCUGGAGACAGACAAAGGAGGGUCAGGCUCUUCCAGGCUCCUCUCAAGCAUUUUUAGGUGGACCUGGGCUCUGUUGUGUAAUAAAAUGUUUAAUAAGACGCCUGGGAGCAUAAAAUAAAAGUUCAACUUUGUACAUAGACUGAUGACACCUAAGUCAUGCUUGUUUGAAUGUGCAAAGCAGUGUCCAUGUGUCCUUCCAAGUGGCAGAAACAAGUGGUUUCCUGUUGAGAAACAACGUCUUGGAGAGUAAACGAUGGACUUGGUUGAAGCAUUUCAGAGAAAUUCAGCCAUGGCAGUCGGUGAAUGGCUCCAGUGGGCUUCCAGAUUUGUGGCCCUCUUGCUCUGAAGCUGGUGGCUCCUGCUGUUUGUUUGACUGCGUUUUUUGUCAGGCAGAGAGAAGGGGUUCCAGUCACCAGACGCGCCUCAUUUGUUAAGAUUGCUAAGUAGUCCCUUGCUGAUUCCAUGCCUGACAAAAGGGUUGGCUUCACAGAUAAGCAAUGUUAGGUCUCCAUCUUUGGAUGCUCUUGCUUCAGCAUCUCCAAGAGAGAAGGGUUGAAGACCUUUGUUCCUCUUCUUCUUUUUCUAGGGAAAGCUCACUUUGUUAAGACUUGGCCCCUUUGUUCAGUGGUCUUGCAAGAGGGAGGCUGGCACACCUCCAAGGCCCUUGCCUGAGUCCCUUUGUGUGUUGUGUUGGCAUGGAGGAGGUGCCCUCGCCCGAAGAGGGUCCUGGAUCCAGAGAGGAGGCCCAUGGCCUGCCCUCCAGGGAACUCUUGGGGACACUUUAGUUGCUUGACCUGGGAGAGGUGCUCUCUCUCUCUCGCCACUAACGCUUCCCUCUUGACCUUUCAGGUGUAGUAAGGAGUGGUCAUUCUCUGUGUUUCCAAAAUGUAUAAGACCCCCAUAGUGACCACUCUGGUCUUCAAAGCCCCCUUCUCCCCUUCCUCAGUUGCUGGGUUGAGAUGUCUCUCUGUGUUGCUCUUUGGCUCCAAAAUGCUUGCGUCUCUUGGUCUCCGGUUGCCCUUCACAUGGAGGAGGAUGCCCACACGCCGUGGCUGCAGCCCUUAUGAUAGCCUUGGCUGUGCCUUCUGCCCUCCAAAAUUCAGGGCUAGGUUGACGGAGGAGCCCUGUGCUGCUCUUCCAGGAGGAAAACAGUAAAAAUGGAGGGGCCCAGACUGGUUGGCUGCCCUCUCCUCUCGCCACUCAUCAGCUGGCAUUACGUGGAAGACCAUCUCCUUGCCCCCUGGCCCUCUUGGAGGCUUCCACUGAGCUGGGGGUGGCCUAAAACGCCAUCGGAGAAGUUCCUGGCCAGAGCCCCCUGCCCCGAAUGAGGAGACCCCUGUUGAGGGCAGAGGGGAGUCCUUGGCCACCUUCGCUGGACAAAUGGGGCUGUCUUCGGCCAGAGAUGCCACAUGCCCACCAACCCUGAUGCUCUUCCCCUUUCUGCCGCCUGGUGCACUUUUGGGGUCUCAGUCUCUGCUGCUGACCUGAGAUUUUGCAUGAUGUAUCCCCUGGAAGUUUAUUUAUUGAAUGCAGAUGUCAGUGAAGAGAAGCUCAAUAAAUGCAGGUUUUGAACACUUCA